AUUUCAAAAUGUCAUUAAAUCUCGAACAAAUUAAAACUUUCAGUACUAAAGCUUGGGACGAACAAAUUAUCCCAACUUUAUCAAAAUACAUUGAAAUCCCAAAUCAAUCACCAUUAUAUGAUGCUGAAUGGGCCACCAAUGGUUUAACUGAACAAGCCAUUGAAUUAUUAAACAACUGGGUCUUAGCUCAAGGUAUCAAAGGUUUAACUUCAGAAAUUAAAAAGAUUGAAGGUUUAUCACCAAUUAUUUUAAUGGUCAUCGAAGCCACCAAAGCUGAUGCCAAGAAUGUUCUUCUCUAUGGUCAUAUGGACAAACAACCACCUUUAACCGAACAAUGGACUGAUGGUUUACACCCAUACAAAGCUAUUAUUAGAAAUGGCAAAUUAUAUGGUCGUGGUGGUGCUGAUGAUGGUUAUUCAACUUUUGCUUCAGUUUUAGCCAUUAAAGCUUUACAAGAACAAAACAUCCCACAUGAUCGUUAUGUUGUUGUCAUUGAAGGUUCAGAAGAAUCAGGUUCAGUCCAUUUACCAGCUUAUAUUCAAAAAUUCGAAAAGGAAAUCCAAACUCCAUCACUCGUUGUUUGUUUAGAUUCAGGUUGUGGUAAUUAUGAUCAAUUAUGGAUGACUUCAUCACUUCGUGGUGUUUUAACUGGUAAUCUCACCGUUAAAGUUUUAGAUGAAGCUUGUCACAGUGGUUCAGCUUCAGGUAUUGUUCCAUCAUCAUUCCGUGUUCUCCGUCAAGUUCUUGAUCGUCUUGAAAACCAACAAACUGGUGAAGUCAACACUAAACUCAAUGUUGAAAUUCCAUCAUACCGUAUUGAACAAAUUAAUAAAUGUGCUGAAGUUUUAGGCAACACUAUCUAUGAAGAAUUUGCUUGGCACAAAAAUACCCAACCAGUUACCAAAGAUCUUGCUCAACUUAUGAUCAACAAAACUUGGAAACCAACUCUUUGUAUCACUGGUGUUGAUGGUAUCCCACACACUUCAAAUGCUGGUAAUGUUAUGCGUACCCAAACCACUGUUAAAGUUUCAAUUCGUCUUCCACCAUCUUUCCAAUCUGGUAAAGCUGAAAAGAUCUUAAAAGAAAUCUUAGAAUCAAAUCCACCAUAUGGUGCUGAAGUUACUUUCACUAUGGACAAAUGUGCCACCGGUUGGGAUUCACCAGCUAUUAAACCAUGGUUAGAAACUGCUCUUGGUGAAGCCUCAAAUGCUUUCUUUGGCAAACCACAUGUUUACAUGGGUGAAGGCGGUACAAUUCCAUUCAUGGGUAUGCUUGGUGAAAAAUUCCCAGAAGCUCAAUUUGUUAUCACUGGUCUUUUAGGUCCAGCUUCAAAUGCUCAUGGUCCAAACGAAUUCUUAGAUAUUGAGUUCGGUAAAAAAUUAUUAAGUUGUGUUGUCUACCUUUUAGAUGCCCAUGCCAAAAAUGCUUAAAUAAAAAUUUAAAUUAUUUUUAUAGUUAUUUUAUAUUUAAAU